AUGCUAGUCCAACGUCCGACUACUAGAGCUUCCGCCCCGAAACCUCAAUCUAUUCUCAUAGUUGGUUGUGGUAUCGCAGGUCCAGUUCUUGCGUCUCUUCUUCUACGAUCCCCUGGUCCAGCUUCCUCACUCCCUCACAUCACCAUUCUCGAGCGCAACCCUUCUCUCAUCUCCUCCGGCCAGAACAUCGACAUUCGUGGUAUCGGCAAACAAAUCAUUCGACUUCUCGGCCUCGAAGACGAAAUCAAGAGGUCCACCACGGGUGAAGAAGGCGUACGAUUUGUAGAUGAGAACAAUCGUUGCUGGGCUGAAUUUGCAGUCGACAAGAGUGGGAAAGUGGAGACCGGGACGAGUGAUGUCGAGAUCUUACGAGGACGACUUGCCGAGAUCUUACUUGAUAAGACCAAAAGAGACAGCAAGGAUGUCCAGGACAGAGGAGGCAAAGGUGUGGAGUUCAUCUUUGAAGACAGUCUGGGUUCGCUUCGUCAAGAUGAGAAAAAGGCACAUGUUCAACUCGCUAAAGGGGGAGAAAGAAGCUUUGAUCUGGUCGUUGGUGCUGAUGGUUUGCACAGCCGAACUCGCAAGCUGGCUUUCGGGAAUGAAGCAGAAGGUUGUUUGAAGAAGUUGCACAUGUUUGCAGCUUUCUUCAGCAUGCCGAAGGAAGAUGAAAAUGGCGAGUGGAGGUCUUGGUUCCAUGCUCCUGGAGGUGUCAGCAUCAUGCUUCGACCAUCGGGCACUAAGGAGAAAAGUACGGUACUGAUCCUCCUCGCCGACAAGAGUGGCAUCAUCGCAGAUCAGCUAGCUGGCUCCGAGAGAAGCAUCCCUGCGCAAAAGAAGCUGGUAAUGAGCAAGCUUAACAGGAUCGGUUGGCAGGAACAGAGAUUAACAAAGGCGGUGGAAGCGGCUGACGACUUCUACUUCGACGUCACAGCGCAGGUCAACUUGGCGAAAUGGUCACACGGAAGAGUCGUGCUUCUAGGAGACGCUGGGUAUUGCGCAUCACCUUUCUCAGGAAUGGGUACAACCCUCGCUCUGGCUGGCGCAUACCAUCUCGCCGGCUCUUUGGUAAACAAUCCAAGCUCUCAUUCCCAAGCUUUCGAAGCGUACGAAGAAGCUAUGCAUCCUCUAGUCGCAAAUGCCCAGAAGCUGCCGCCUGCAAUGCCACAUUUGAUUCAUCCUCAGUCGACGAGGGGUGUUUGGGUACUAAGAAUUCUUGUCGCGGCGAUCUAUUGGUCCGGAGUUGGUACCUUACUGUUCAAAUGGAAAGGUCCACCUGCAAGCGUCGUGAAAUUGAAGGAGUAUGGACUUUUAGAUGAGAAGGGUGAGUGAAGGACGGACUUCACGCAUACAUCGAGACAGCAGCCACUCUUUACUCAUACUUGCAUCCCGAUUUCUCCAUUUUCAUCUUCAUCAUCCCGCUUUUGCCAUCUGAGCUGCAGCAUGGCAUCUGCGACGCAUCCCAAAGAUGGCCAAUGGCGUCAAGAAAACCUCCCACGCGAAAAGAAUUGGUAGAGCCUGAUGCAGACGGUGAUUCCCACCUGACCAUAUCUGUAUCAAGAUCUGAUAGGCCUCAUGGGCUGGAGCAGCAUACCCGAUCCGGUAGAAUACAGGCGACAACUCAAAUGGGACCAAUAGGCUAGUAACAUUGAAGAUGACGAAGCUGAAAAUGAAGAACGGAACAAACUUGAUGGGAACAAAUGCAGUCACAACAUCGGUGUACAAGAAGUCGACGUGCAUGUAUAGCCAGUAAACCAGUACUGCAAGAAAGUACUGGCCCGCGCUGAGAUCCCAGCCGUCCUGAAAGCCGA